AUGAAUGACCGCCAUGAGCAAAUCAACGAAUCACACAAGAGAACCCUUCAAUGGAUUUUUGAGGAACCCAAAAGCAAGAUCCAUCGAUGGGACAAUUUCAGCACCUGGCUGAAGACUUCUACCCCGACUCUUUACUGGAUCAAUGGGAAAGCAGGAUCUGGGAAGUCAACGUUAAUGGAUUUUCUAUGUGGCCAUCAAAUCACAAACGCACUCUUGCGAUUAUGGUCGAAUGACGGCCCCAUUAUUACGGCUAACUUCUUUUUCUGGCUCGGUGGAGUGCAUUCUCUACAACGAACGCAGAAGGGCCUCCUUCGAUCACUGUUAUACCAGAUUCUGAGCAAGAAUCGAGGACUCGUUCCCAUUGCUUUCCCAGCAUUCCUUGACGACGAGUUUCCGCCAGCCACGUGGCAUAACAGUGCUCUAGAAACAGCAUUUCGAAACAUUUUCAAGCAGAAUGCCAUCUCGGUCAAGGCGUUUCUCUUAGUGGAUGGGCUCGACGAAUACCAGGGUGAUAUGCAGAGUAUGGCACAAUUUUUCAGAGAGCUGUCCACUUAUCAAACACUGAAGGUGUGCGUUUCGAGUCGUCCACUACCAGUCUUCAAUAAAGUCUUCAAAGACGCACGAACUCUGAUGCUGGAGUAUUUAACCUUUGAUGAUAUCCAGAUGUACGUCGGUGACAAAUUGGGCAAUAAUGAGCUAUUGAAAGAUCUCUGCAUAAGCGAAGGAGACGCAAAAGUGGAUGCUCUACUACUAGAUAUUGUCACCAAGGCAAGAGGUGUCUUUCUGUGGGUAGAGAUCGUGGUUAGAUCCUUGAUAGAAGGAUUGACCAACGAGGACCAACUAUCCGACCUUCAGAGCAGAGUUGAUACAUUCCCCGAGGAGUUGGAAGAUCUCUAUGGGCAUAUGAUGAAGAAGGUCAACCCUAUCUACAGCAAGCAGUCAUCGCGGCUGUUUCGAAUCAUGCGUGCAUUCCAAGCACGCCGUUACGGCGAGGGACAUCAUGAUCCAAUGCAAGCUCGCCUUACGGUUCGAAAACUCAUGUUUGCUUCUCGAGAUGCCCAGAUGGCGCUCGAAAGCGAGGUGGGACCUUUGACACUUGAGGAGCAGAGAGCGCAAUACCGAAGCCUGGAAUUACGGUUGAAAACGCACUGUUCCGGCCUCUUGGAAAUCGUGCACAAGGAAUUCAUGGGACUCUGGUAUCCCAAGGACCUACCCGACUGCCCCCAAUUAAAAGAACUCGAAUCAAGUGUAGAGUACAUCCACCGGACUGCUCGCGACUAUUUAGGACAACCAAACGUAUGGGCUAAGAUUUUGGUAGACUCUAGGGAGGGUUCAACGGACUUCGAUCCUUAUCUCAACCUUCUGGCGGGAACGAUACUUGCCCUGAAGAAAGCGCCAGUGUUGCAUGACAGACAGGAGGUCAUAAAAUCCAGCCUGAGUGUGAUCCCGUUAGUCGAAGAAGCUAUGGGGUACUCGAUCUUUGUCCAACAAAGCUCACGGUCAGAAAUGGUGGCUUUGAUUGAUGAAGUCGAGUCCGUCAUGGGAAAUCACUGGAGUUCUUGGCUUCAACGGGUCAUGAGGCCAGAGCACGUUUCUACCGGUGUCCUUGAUCACUUCUCUGAUCUGGUAUAUGAGGGCUGGUCCAAAGAUACCGAUAACCCCCUCUCUGAACAUUACCCUGGGUCUCUUCUGACUCUAGCAGUGCGCUUCUGUCUGGUAGAGUACGUAGGUAUCAAACUUAAUCAAGGCACCGCAUCAGCCGAGAGGAGUGGGAUACCGUUGCUUGAUUAUGCUGCUAGGCCACUUUCCCUGUAUGUUACCUUCGCUGCCGACCUUGCCCCUCUUAGGAUGAUCACACUGCUCUUCCUAGCGGGAGCAAACCCUAACGAGUCCUUCCAUGGGCGAACUCCUUGGGAGACAUUGCUCAGGACAGUCCGCCUCAUCCAAAGCAACCGCUCUGGAUUUGGGCAAAAGGAAUUUGUCGCAUUCCAAGAGAUGUGGCUCAAAAUUGUCGAGAUUUUUGUGAAGAGGGGAGCCUCGCCAUCUGCCGUCUGCACUAUCACCGGGCAUUACAUCACGGAUAAGGUUCACGAGAAUCGCACCUACGGCGCUGCAAGUUUGAUCAAGGAGGGAUUCGACAUUUCGGAAAGGCCGGGAAACCAAAGAUGUGGAAAUCGGCAAUGGGGCCCUAUCCAAGACAGGGCUAGAGUCAUACUCGACAUGCUGGAAGAGAGAAGAGAUACAGAGGAAGAACAAUUAGUGGUUCUGGAAAGUCCUGAUGCGAAGUUGAGCAUCUCUUCAAAAAAGGGGUCAAAGUGUUGCUUUCAAUGA